AUGGAUAUUAACACCCUAAAAGAAAAGCGCAUAUGCAUAGACGAUUCAAGUAGGGCGCACAAAAAAAAGUAUACAACCUUUUUUCUGCUAAACCCAGAUGGUAUUGUCGACUCGGUUGCGGGGCUAGAGAACUUGGCAUUUUCCUUUGAGGGCAAUUCGUAUAAAAACGCUAGAUGCUAUAAAUGCUUAUCCGUUUUUUCCUGUGAGAGCACUGCUGUGUAUAGGACCUGCCCUAAGUGCCAUAUUGUAAACGCACUGGUGCCCCACGACAGCAUAGGACGAAAAGUUCUUAUUCUGAUUUGCUACCAGUGCAAUAGCAGGAACCUGACGAACAUUGACUGUUCAUACGUGCAAUGCUUUUUGUGCAGCCGUGUGAACCUUUCGCAGUACGAUAGUGCGAAUCUCGCCCCAAGUCAAGGCGCCCAUGACAGCCCGCAGCGGAAGCAAAAAAAGAACCACCGAGGCCCCAUCGCGAACAUGUUCAAAUGCUUAAGACUCAGAAAAAAUAGGAGAGAAAGGGCCCCCUCCUCGGGGGACAGCGACAGGGAAUGUUUCGAAGAAAGUUGCGAGGAAAGCUGCGAAGGAAGUUGCGAAGAAAGUCGCAGUGGAGAGGCAGCACGGAGUGAAGUCCAAGAUGGGUCCAUGCAGAACAAUGUCAGCUUUGAAAACGUUAGGGAGAAUGACAAAGAGGAAGAUCCGAACGGACAAAGAACAAACAAGAAACUCUUUAGUGAAGAAAAAACACAUGGAUACACACCGGAAGGAAAAUAUUCAAAUGAGGACUAUCGAAAAAAAUAUUCUCAAUCAAAUAACAGUGGGUAUAAUACAAGUAUGAAUUAUAUGCCCUACUCAAAUGAUAAGUUUCAAACGGGUUACAUGAGAAAUUCGAGCAACAACUAUGGCCAAAUGGGCUACAUGAAAAAGGGAAGCAACGAGAGCGGUAACUACUAUCCUAGCGGUAGCCACAGCAACGGAAGGAUCGGCAACCCCAGUAGUGGGUACCCACGAGAGCACAGCAGCUUUCAUAACAGCAAGUAUGACAAGAACUACCAAUACAGCUAUUCCCACAACAACACGCAUGGAAGUUCUUGGAACAAAGACAGCAGAGUCCACGAAAGCAACAAUCAUGACAUGCACAGAUCGGAAAAUUAUAACUACAAAUUGGGGACUAUUGUGGAGAGUGGAAAUGUUAAAAGAAAAACACUCAUGUUUAAUAACGUUAAUGAUUCGAGCGUCAAAAAAGUUCAUAAAACUAUAAGCUUUCUCGAAAUGGAAAGAAAAAGAGAUAGCGAUGUCCGGGCAUGUAUAGAAUAUUUUAACUCCCUACGUAGAAGCAAAAAUGAUGAUAUUAAAAUGAUUCUUGAAAAUCAAAACUUUAAAGAAUUGAAUAUUCCCAAAGAGCAUCUUGAAAAUCGACAUUUUUACAGAUAUGUAGAAUACUACAAGAAACAUAACUUGAAAAAUUUAAUAGACCAAUUUAAUGAAUCCUCUGCGAAUCACAGGAACAAAAGCAAAGAUUCUGGUGAGAAGGGGAAGGACUCUGCUUCCUCCAUUUCGAAUGGCAUAAAUAAAGAUAAAGCCACCCAGAGUGGUAGCAGUAAUGGGAAUGAUAAAGGUAAGAACGGUGCAAGGGAUCCCUCGGGCAAUGAAAAAAACACAAGUAGCAAAAGCACAGACAGUAAAACGAAAAAAGCCAAGCUCUCGGAAAUUGACUCACUUGAUGAUCACUCUCAUGGGGAUGGAAACGCAUACCAUAAGAACAAAAAGUCGAAGUGCGAGGAAAAUAUAAAGCCCACUUUUUACACCAUAGACGAUUUGUUCGAGUAA